GAAGGUUUGAAGUCCGAGCGAGCGAGCGAGCAGAAAGAAGAGUCCAAUCCUCCAGAAAACAUCCCUUCCCUCGCCGGUUCAGGAUGGCUGAACCCCGCUUUAACAAUCCCUAUUUUUGGCCUCCACAUCCGACCAUGCCGGGUCAGCUGGAUAACCUAGUCUUGAUCAAUAAAAUCAAGGAGCAGCUGAUGGCAGAGAAGAUCCGACCACAACAUAUGCCCGCUGCCUCCGCCCCGUCCCAACAGCCCUUACUGGCUCCCCCGAUCCAGGCGGAUGGCGGCCAGCACGUGAUGUCCAAAAAUCACCAGAUGCCGGUUCUCCACAGCCACAGCCCGUCUCAGCCUGACAUCGCCCUGCACGCCCGCCCCGCCUCCAGCUCAGUCACAGGUCGUAUUCUGGGGGAUGUAAACUUGAAUCUGGACGAUAAGGCAGCCAUUAAAGCCAGAGGAUUAUGGGAAGACUGGCAUCUGCGUCAACUUAUAGACCACCCCUCCAGGACGAACCACGUCUCAGGUGUUGCGCUGGCAUCCAGAACAGGCAACCUCAACACAUCAGAGAUCAUCACCCCCAGCACACCCACCUUGAGCUGCCACAGCCGGCUGGGUGGAGCCCCCACAUCUCACCUCAUCUCGGGUUUAGCCUGCGUACACGGCAUGGAGCACGGGAAAAACAACGGGGGCCUCGUGGGACUCCUCGGCCCGCCUCCAAAGGAGGAGCGAGGGCGUAAGAGGAUCAAAGCAGAGAACGGGUCGUCCCUUUUGGUGGUGCCCUACCCAAUCCUAGCUUCAGGCAACGACCAGUCCUGUGUCACCAUCACUUCCAAACCAGGAAAAACCUACAGGUGUAAAAUGUGUCCGCUGACCUUCUUCUCCAAGUCCGACAUGCAGAUCCACUCCAAAACGCACACGGACCCGAAGGCCCACAAGUGUCCUCACUGCACUAAGUCCUUUGCGAACGCGUCGUACCUGGCCCAGCACCUGCGCAUACACCUGGGCAUCAAGCCUUACCGCUGUUCCUACUGCGAGAAAUGCUUCCGCCAACUCUCCCACCUGCAGCAGCACACCAGAAUCCACACAGGCGAUCGGCCGUACAAAUGCCUCCACCCGGGAUGUGAAAAAUCAUUUACUCAGCUAUCUAAUCUGCAGUCUCACCAGAGGCAGCACAACAAAGACAAGCCCUUCAAAUGCUCCAACUGUUACCGUGCCUAUUCCGACUCUGCCUCGCUGCAGAUCCACCUGUCUGCACACGCCAUCAAAAACGCCAAGGCCUACUGCUGCAGCUUGUGCGGCAGGGCGUACACGUCGGAGACUUACCUUAUAAAACACAUGUCCAAACACACAAUGGUGGACCAUGUGGUGUCCCACCACUCCCCCCAGCACAGGACACAGUCUCCCGCCAUCCCUAUACGGAUCUCCCUCAUCUGAGCUCCUCACCCGUCUCUUUCCGUCCCCAUCAGAGACGUUUCCUGUGAUAUCUGCGCUCCUCUGAUGGACUUUGAACCCAUGUACGGGUUCCAAAAAUGUGCCAGAUUGUAUAAGUAACUUGUGAAGAGGUGCUCUUUUAAUGAGUGUGUCCUCCUUUCCUUUCUUGCUGACCAGAUAGUAUUAUCGGGGACAUCCAAAGAUGACUUCUCAGCACUUUCAGGCCAGGAAAUGACAGGCCUAAAAAUGUCUUUUUCUAUGUGACUCCACAGGGGAAAAUAAGAGUAUUGCUCCAGGCAGCUAACGUACAUGGAAAAUCUUUUUAAAACUUUUUUGUGUAAUAACAAGAUUGCAUUGUCUUUUUUUAUAUGGUCCAUUACUUUCUUUACUCAAGUAUCUGCAAAGGAAAAUAUAUUUGCAUCAGAAAGAGUCUUCCGUUAGCCAAGUGGCCAAGUGAGCAUAAGGGAGAAUGCUUAUAUAAUGCGUAUUCAUGUAUAUCUUGCCACUUGUUAUGUCAGUGUUUGCAAUGUUUCACCAAUCACAUGGCCAUAACAUUUUCAUUACAGUAUUUUUUACCCUGGCGCCAACAUCGCCAUGACGUGUAUUAGACCAAUAGAUAUAUUUUCUUUUCCAUUUGUGUCAUAAAAUGUGCUCACGGCAGUCCUCAAGUUUCUGCUGUUCAAGUUGGAUCAAUGCUGUAGGUCUCCAAAAAUACAGGAAUUGUACACACAAAAAAAGAAACUAUAUCAAUUGGAACGAAAUAAUCACACAAACCGAGCAAAAAACCUGUAUAAAUUAAAAAUUGGUUUUCGUAACAGUCAAAACACCCUAAAGAAAUUAUAAUUGAUAUGCAUUUACCGUGCCAGAUUCACCACGAUAUGAAUGAUUAUUGUGUUAAUAUUAAAUUGAAUUGUGCACUCAAUGCUUUAUUUGUCUACUUUGGGUGAGCAAAGGAAUAAAUGCAGUGGCAAGACUGAAAUGUUCAAUGAGUUACUUUCCUGCUAAACAAAAAAUGGGGUCCAUCUUUUUGGUUUUCAGCCAUAAUUUGCAACUAAAGCAUUACACUUCUUUAAAUACUCAUUUUGCCGUUGUUUUAUGAAUGAAGAUGUUGACAUUUUAUAUGCAUUUAAGCCAUAAUUUGUUACAACUCUCCACUCUGUUGUUUUAUCACUUUACAUUUGCCUUUAUUUCAUAGCAUGAUAUAUACUGUAAAUAAACUAUAUUAACUGUCAACCUGUUUUAUAAUAAAUCACUAUAAUUACUAGUAAUGUUGAAAAGCUUGAUGUUUUCUUUGAUUGUAACGUGACUGUACUGCAACAAUAGAAGAUAAAGGAUGCUCGCCGUCUUAAUGCUGAUGAAUAAAAGGCCUCAUCAGACCCUUUCUUUAGUGCCA